GUCUCAUUUCUGGCCUAUAUAUCGGAACAGGUUUCUCGGUCUAGCUAGGCGGUGGACGCGCGCAUUGCCCAUGCAAAACCAGCUCACUACACUACACUUUCUCUAGCUAGCGCGACGCAGUUAAGCCGCGGCCCACACGAGAUGGACGCGGGUGCAGGCGCAGCCACCGCCCUUCGGAAGCGGCAACUCACCGUCCGCACGACGAGCAGCAACGGCGGCAAUGGGUUCCGGGUCGGCGACGGCGGCGGCGGCGGCAGCAAGGGGGCUGCGGCGGCGACGCCGCCGGAGCCCGUCAGCCCCUCCGCGCGGCUCGUGGAGGACUUCUUCAUCGUCGUGGUGAUCGGCAUCGCCACGCCGGUGAACGACCCCGUCGCCCGCGCCGGCAUCGCCGCCCAGCUCGCGCGCUACCCACGCUUCCGCAGCAUCCAGGUGACGGAUGAGGACGGCGGCAACCCGCGGUGGGUGCGGACGACGGUGAACCUGGACGACCACAUCAUCUACCCGGAGUUGGACAUGGACGCGGUGGCGGCCGACCCGGACAAGGCGGUGGAGGACUACGUGGCGUCGCUGUCCACCAAGCCCAUGGACGAGUCGCGGCCGCUGUGGGAGUUCCACGUGCUGGACUUCCCGACGUCGGAGGCGGCGGCCACCACGGCGAUCCGCGUGCACCACUCCCUCGGGGACGGCAUGUCGCUGCUCACGCUCCUCAUGGCGUGCACGCGCAGCGCCGCCGACCCGGCGAGGCUGCCCGCCAUGCCGCCGCUGCCGACGCGCGCCGGCGCGAUCUACGCGCGGCCCAGGCCGCCGGCGUCGGCGGGCGCGCUGGCGUUCGCCGCGUGGCUCUGGUCGUUCGUCGCGCUGGCGUGGCACACCGUGGUGGACGUCGCGAGCUUCUUCGCCACGACCAUGUUCCUCAAGGAUCCGCACACGCUGUUCAAGCGGGUGAAGCACGGGGAGUUCCAGCGGAAGCGCAUCGUGCACCGGGGGCUUAGCCUUGAUGACGUCAAGCUCGUCAAGAACGCCAUGAACUGCACGGUCAAUGAUGUGCUGGUUGGGAUCACGUACUCUGCACUGUCGCGCUAUUACUACCGGAAGUCAGGUGACAUGGACACUGACGAGGAUAUACGUUUGAGAUCGAUCCUCCUUGUCAAUUUGAGGCCAACCACAAGCCUGCAUGCAUACGUAGAUAUGAUCAAUUCUGGCAGAGAGGAUGAAGUGAAAUGGGGAAAUGCACUUGGUUUCAUAAUCCUCCCGUUCUUCAUAGGCGUGCACAAAGAUCCACUAGACUACGUUCGGAAAGCAAAGAAGGUUGUUGAUAGGAAGAAGAGCUCAUUAGAAGUGGUAUUCACUCAUUUAGCUGCAGAAGUGAUCCUCAAACUUUUUGGGCUCAAGGCAGCAGCUGCUAUCUUCCAUCGUAUGAUCUCUCAUACUACCAUAUCAUUCUCCAACAUGAUCGGCCCAGUUGAACAGGUGGAGUUUUGUGGGCAUCCAGUUGUCUUCAUUGCCCCUAGCGGCUAUGGACCUCCAGAAGCCUUAACCGUGAAUUUUCAAAGUUACGUUAACACCAUGAUGGUAAAUCUUGCCGUGGACGAGGCACAAUUUCCAGAUUGUCAUGAGCUUUUGGAUGAUUUUUCCGAAUCCCUCAGGCAGAUAAAGGAUGCAGCUUUGAGCCUAGGAAAGCAUCACACGAAGGCUUAAGGCACUAUUUAAUCAUUGCACACAGGCAUGUAUUCGUAAGAAUGAUUGUACCAUCCAAAUAUCAAAUACUACUGGCAAGUGGUAUCUAUUUGUAUGCACUGUAGCAACUAAACCUAAAGUCAAAUGACUAGAUAAAAACCAUCAGAUGCUUUAUGAUCAGAAGUUUCCAGAGAACAAGCUCUGGCUUUUGGUUAAAUAUUCUCUGAAAAAUUAAGAAUAAAUGGUAGUCUGCUAUGCUUUACUUUGCUUA